AUGACUGACUGUCCCCUUUUUGUCUCCCUCGUCUCUGUCCUCCUUCCAUCUCUUCCCCAGGAUGUUCAGAUUGUGAGUACAGAUGAGAACCAGGUCUUCCUCGCCCUUCAAGAGUGGUACCAGUUGGACACUUAUAACCUGUACCAGUCGGACCCUCAGGGAGUCUACUACUCCAUCGUCCUGGAAAAUGUCCGCAGCACCAAGCAGCCCGAGGAGAACACCCUCAUCGACAUACUUGAGGUUCGUGGAAUCAAAGGAGUCUUUCUGGCCAAUCAAAAGGUCGACAGCAAAGUAACGACUCUCAUCACCUACAACAAAGGAAGAGACUGGGAAUUCUUAGCCCCGCCCAACACUGACAUGAACGGGAAACCGGUCAGCUGCAAAGCGCCCGACUGUCACCUCCACCUCCACCUGCGUUGGGCCGACAACCCCUACGUGUCGGGGACGGUCCACACCAAAGACUCUGCUCCGGGUCUCAUCAUGGGUGCUGGUAACCUUGGCUCCAAGCUGGUCGAGUAUAAGGAAGAGAUGUACGUCACCUCGGACUGCGGAAGACGUGGAAACAG